AUGGAGUGUCUAUAUGCGGUUGGAGCACAAAUCGCUCAGUUAUUCAUUGAACCGAUUGUUUCACCAAUUGUUGCACCAAUUCUUGGACCAAUUGGACGGUGGCUAUGUUAUUCGUGUAACUACGACAGCAACAUUGAGACUAUGGAGAAUCAGGUAGAGAUCUUGAAGACGAUUAGAGAGAGGGUGCAAAAUUCUGUUGAUUCUGCUAGAAGAAACGGUGAAGAAAUUGGAUCUCUUGUUACCAUGUGGUUGAAAAAGGUGGAUGAGAUUACAGAAGAGGCCAAAAAAGUUGUUGAAGACGAUGAUAGGUGUUGUAAUGGGGCAUGCCUUAACUUGUGGCAGCGGCAUCAGCUAAGUCGGAAAGCAAAAAAGAUAGUGAAAACUGUUGGUGAACUCAUAGAAAAUUGCACAUGGACUAGUAGAGAUAUGGAGUACAUGGACUUUGUGUCAAGAAAGUCAACUGCAGAGGGACUUAUGGAGGCAUUGGGAGAUGCUAAUACUAAGGUGAUUGGGGUGUAUGGGAUGGCUGGUGCGGGAAAGACUACACUGGUGAGAGAAGUUGCCAGGCGAGCCAAGGAAAAAAAGUUAUUCGAUGAGGUGGCCAUUGCAUAUGUGACGCAAAGCCCAAAUCUUACACAAAUUCAAAGGGAAAUUGCCUACAUGCUAGAUCUAAAGCUUGAUGCGGAAAUUGUAAGUGAAAGAGCAGAUCGUCUAAAGCAGAGAUUAACAACACACAAGAAGAUACUUAUUAUCCUAGAUGAUAUAUGGAGCAAAUUGGAUUUGGAGAAAAUAGGAAUUUCUUGUACGCAAUGCAAAGUCGUACUAACAUCUAGAGAUAAAAAUGUAUUAUCCUGUGAAAUGGGCACCCAGAAGGAUUUUGAGCUUGUACAAUUACCCCAAAAGGAAGCAUGGAAUUUGUUUGAGAAAAUGGCAGGCGAUUGUGUUAAAGACCCUAAUUUGAGAAGCACAGCGGCUGAAGUAGCUAAAGAGUGUGCAGGUCUGCCUAUUGCACUUGUAACAGUGUCUAAGGCAUUAAAAAAUAAGAGUAUACAUGUUUGGAAGGAUGCCCUGCAGAAACUAAGAAGAAUUGUUCCGACACAAAUGAUAACAACGCCGUACUCAAGUAUAUAUCCUUCUAUAGAGCUGAGUUAUAGUCAUCUGGAAAGUUCGGAGGUUAAAGAUUUCUUUUUGCGUUGUGCUGAAAUGCAUGACUCCAUUAACUUUCAAGACUUGUUGAAAUAUUGUUAUGGUUUGAGUUCAUUUGAAGACAUUGAUAAUCUAGAACAAGCCAGAAACAGAUUAUAUAGCCUAGUUCAUAAUCUGAAAGACAAGAGUCUAUUGCUAGAUUGUCCCCAUAGUUCUGAGCAUUGCCAUAUGCAUGAUGUUGUUCGUUAUGUUGCAAGAUUCAUAGCAUCAAGUGAUCAUAAUAUGUUUGUGGUGAGUGAUAGUAGUGGACUAAAAAAAUGGACAGAUGCAGAUUCACUCAGAAGAUGCAGGGCAUUCUCUAUCCGUGGUGGAGAUAUCCAUGAACUUCCUAACAAAAUGGAAUGUUCAGAUUUAAGAUUCUUUUAUGUGUAUGGUGGGGAUUGUGCUUUGCAUAUCCCAGAGACUUUCUUUGAAGGGAUGGGAAAGCUCCAAGUUUUAGAUUUGACUGAAAUGAAACUUCCAUCACUUCCUUCAUCACUUGGUCUCCUUAUAAAUCUACAAACAUUGUGCCUGGAUCAUUGUCUGUUGGGAAACAUAGCUGUAAUUGGAGAGCUUAAGAAUUUAGUCAUCCUUAGCCUCUUAAGUUCUAACUUGUCACAAUUACCCAAAGAAAUAGCGUUGUUGACUCGUUUACGGUUGUUGGAUCUGAGCAAGUGUUUCAAACUUGAGGUGAUUCCACCUAAUGUGCUAUCAAGCUUGGUUGAAUUAGAAGAGUUGUACAUGGGAAAUAGUCUUGUUCAAUGGGAGAGUGAAGGACUGAGUUCAGAAAGAAAUAAUACAAGCCUUGCUGAGCUGAAGCAUUUGUCACGGUUGACCACUUUAGAGAUACAUAUUACAGAUGUCAAAAAUUUGCCUAAAGAUCUUUUGUUUGAAAGGUUAGAAAGAUAUGCAAUAUCUGUAGGAGAUCAUGUAUGGGACUCUUCUAAUAAGCGUGAAGCCUCAAAAAUAUUGAAACUCAAGUUGAAUACGAGCUUUCAAUCAGAGGUUGGGAUUAAACUGCUACUGAAGAGAACAGAUGCUCUUUAUCUAGAUGAAUUAAGGGGUGUUAAGAGUCUUCUAAACCAAUUAGAUAGAGAAGGUUUUCAACAAUUGAAGCAUCUCCAUAUCCAAAAUAAUCCUGAGAUUCAAUAUAUCAUUAACUUAAGGAUUCCGGUUGUUGCCUUUCCUUCCUUGGAGACAUUUCUUCUCAAAAAUAUGAUGAGCUUGGAAGAAAUAUAUCGUGGCCAACUUCCCUUGACAUCUUUCCAUAACUUGAGAAUUGUAAAAGUGGAACAUUGUGAUAAAUUAAAAUUUCUCUUCUCAUCAUCCACGGCUAGGGGCCUUUCACAACUCGAAGAAUUGGAAGUAAGAGAAUGCAAGAUCAUGGGUGCAAUAGUCAUCGAAGAAGGCGGCAAAAUAGAAGACAACAAUACAUCAUUGUUCCCUAAACUACGUCACUUGGCACUAGAGCAUCUUCCAAAGCUCAUGGGCUUCUUGAUCACACAAAAUCCCUUCAUAACAGAUGCUGGAGAAAUCAUUUCAGAGGCCAAGCUUUGUUUUCACAUCCCAAUUCUACACGAACAGGUGGUGUUCCCCAUCUUGGAAACGUUGGAACUAUCAUCAGUAAACUUGGAAGAGAUAGAGCAGAACCAACAUCCGGAAAGGUCAUCUUGCAGAUUAACAAACACGCAAGCAGCAUCAAGAUUUGAAAAUUUGUCGUUCCUGAAAGUACAAGGCUCUAGUAACAUAAAAUUUUUGUUGUCACUCUCUACAGCUAGAUUUAUGGUGCAUCUCAAACAUCUUCAUGUAUUAGAAUGCAAGGUUGUGGAAGAGAUACUAGUCACCGAAGAAUUGGUAAUUCCUAAGGUGUUGUUCCCUCAACUAGAAUGCUUGUUACUAAAAAAUCUUCCUUUCCUCGAAAGAUUUUGCACAGGAAGUAAUAUCGAAUUUCCAUCCUUGAAAAAAGUGGUGAUACAACAUUGCCCUAAAUUAAAGACAUUCAUACUCAAACCUGUCAGUUCAAGCAUGACGGGUAGACAACUCGAGGAAAUGAAUGCAAAGGAGAGCCCUUAUUCUGUUAUGCAGUCUUUCUUCAAUGAAGAGGUUGUGUUCCCUAUCUUGGAAAGGUUGGAACUGUCAUCAGUUAACUUGGCAGAGAUAGAGCAAAACCAACAUCCGGCAAGGUCCUAUUGCUUAUUAAGAAACACGCAAGCAACGUCAAGAUUUGAAAAUUUGUCAUACUUGGAGGUGCAGGGCAUGGGUAACAUAAAAUAUAUAUUGUCAUUCUCUACAGCUAGAUUUAUGGUGCAGCUCAAACAUCUUCACGUCUUGGAAUGUGAGGUUGUGGAAGAGAUACUAGUCAGGGAAGAAUUAAGAUUAGAAGAAGAAAUAACUCCAGAGGUGUUGUUUCCUCGACUAGAAUGCCUGUUUCUAAAAGAACUCCCAAUCCUCAAAAGAUUCUGUGUAGGAAGUAACAUUGAAUUUCCAUCCUUGGAGAAUUUGAAGAUAGAACAUUGCCCUAAACUAGAGACAUUCAUAUCCAAACCUCUCAGUUCAGGCAUGACGAUCAGCAAAGAACUCAAGGAAAUGAGUGUAGAUGAGACUCCUCAUAAUGUUAUGCAACCUCUCUUCAAUGAAGAGAGUCUAGAUACACUUAUCGUAGAUAAUUGUGGGGUGGAGGAAAUUGUUGCCAGGGAAAAAGGAUCAGAAGCGAUAGCUAGGUUCGUGUUCCCUCAAAUAACUAGCCUUUGUCUUGAAGAACUACCACAACUCAAAUGGUUUUACCCUGGGAUGCAUGCUUCAGAAUGGCCAAUGCUGAAAUCAUUAACAGUGAAUGGAUGCCAAAAAGUAGACAUAUUUGCUUUUGAACUUUUGAGCUUUCAAGAAACACUUCAAAAGAGCCCAGUUGAGAUCGCCAUUAAACAACCUCUUUUCUUGGUUGAUCAGUGGUACUACCAUCCACUCAUGGAGCUCUCGAAUAAGUCUGGAGUCCUCUCGUCGUGUAUCCUGCUCAGUCUCCAACGCAGUAGUCACACUCCCCAGUGUCGCCUGAAUCUCAGCCAGUUGCUGACUCAUAUCUGGAGGGUUUCCAGCGGCACUAAGCCGGGAGGAUGA